CGGCGGAACGCGUCGAGGUCAGUACAAGUAUUCCACCGUCGACCACCCCAGAGUGCACACGCGACUAGGUUAGCUUCGUCAGCGCGACAUUCCCGUUGGUGUUCAACUUUUGAAUCCUUUCCAAGGAGUGAAAUUAUCCACUCGAAACCCGUCCAAAAUGAGCGAACUGAAAGCCAAACUGCUCACCCAGAUUGCCGAACCGAUGACCUCGUCUGGCAACAAGGUCACCGUCGUCGGCAUUGGUCAAGUCGGUAUGGCCUGCGCCUUCAGCAUUCUUACGCAGAACGUGUCCAGCGAGAUCGCUCUCAUCGACGUUAACGCCGACAAGCUUCAAGGUGAAAUGCUGGAUCUGCAGCAUGGUUCCGCGUUUAUGAAGAACGCCAAGAUCCAAGCCGGAACCGAUUUUUCAGUAUCAGCCGGGUCGCGGCUAAUCAUCAUUACAGCCGGUGUUCGUCAAAAAGAGGGUGAAAGUCGGUUGGAUUUGGUCCAGCGUAACACUGACAUCCUGAAGGGCAUUAUUCCCAAACUAGUGGCUCAAAGCCCGGAUUGCACACUUCUGGUCGUCUCCAAUCCUGUCGACAUUCUCACUUACGUCGCAUGGAAACUGAGUGGUCUUCCUAAGAACCGCGUCAUCGGAUCCGGCACUAACCUCGAUUCAUCCCGCUUCCGAUUUCUGAUGUCGCAAAGACUCGGAGUAGCUCCGACGUCUUGUCACGGUUGGAUCAUUGGUGAACAUGGUGACAGCAGUGUACCGGUCUGGUCUGGUGUAAACGUAGCCGGAGUUCGUUUGGCCGAAAUCAAUCCGAGUAUUGGCACCGAAUCAGAUACCGAAAAGUGGGGCGAGCUGCACCAUGAAGUCGUCAACAGCGCGUACGAGGUUAUCCGUCUGAAGGGCUACACCUCUUGGGCCAUCGGACUGAGUGUGGCCUCACUUGUAUCAGCUAUUUUGCGCAAUACAUACAAUGUCCAUGCUGUCUCCACGCUAGUCAAGGGCGAGCACGGUAUUGAAGACGAAGUUUAUCUAUCGUUGCCAUGCGUUCUAGGUCGCAACGGUGUCAGCCACGUGGUGAAGCAAAUUCUGACUCCGGAGGAAACCAAGAAGCUACAAGCGUCCGCUACCCUGAUGGCGCAGGUUCAAGCUGGAAUUAAAUUCUAAGCAUUUAAUAGCUAAUACAAACAUGUUAUUUAUUGUCCAACACUAAAAAAGUACGUUAAGCUAGCUACAAACUAUCCCCACAAUAGUCUGAACCUUUUCUCAGAAGGGCAGGUAACGAUAAUCUAUUAAUGCACUCAAAAUUAGGAAAAUAACACAUUUGCCUGUUUCCGGCUAAAUCUUGUAAUCUUAUACAUUAUAUGUCCAACUCAUAUUUAUUUGAUAAUAAAAUAUGAGAUAGAACUAUUUAAAAUUUAAUUGCAUUUCACUGGGGUGAGCUAGACCGCUUAUAAUGAUCCAGAUAAAUAGAAGGCCAACCAAUGCCCAUGAACCACUGUUUGAAUAGAGAACGACUGAAAGAUUGGGUCGUUGAAGCGAUCAAUAGGAAUCACAAGAAAAUUUUGAACACAAAUGAUUAGACUAAGCUUUAGGCGUCAAAAAAGCAUACAUGUAAGUAAUCAACCAAAUUGCAAUGAAACAAGCAAAACACACACCACCCUACCUCGACUAGCGUUAGGAGUCUCACAACAAUAUGGUAAUUCGGAUACAUACAUAAAUUGGAAGCGAGCGAAUUGGCCACUAUCCAAAAACUCUGCACUCUGCAUUCAAUGCAACCCGAGAUUACGAAAUUGUGGAGCUCAUUUAAAAAUUCGAAAGAAAAAGAAUCUACAUUUGGAACUAAUGAAUUUUGCAAAAAAAAAUGUGUUGGAAUUUUCAGAACAGCCAUCUAGACCGAACAGCAAACAGAAAACUGAAUAAAAAAUGAUCAUAGAAAACAAAUCCUAAUUGACAAAUCUUACUAGUUUAAGGAUGAAUUUUUGAAAAAGAAAAUUUGGAUAGGAGCUGUUCUAUCAUUAAAUAAAACGCAAAGAAAAUUAUUGCAGAAAAGCGGGUGAGAGUUCUGUACAUCUGUC